UAAAUCUAAACAAUCUAAACAAUAAUCAGAUUUUUUACUGGAUGAACAGAAAAAAGUGUUGCUUUUGACAAUGCCAAUAGCAAAAAAGGCCAUAACUAGUAUGUACACCAACCUCAAUCCAAGCACCAUCUCCAUUGCAGACAUGGGUUGUUCAUCAGGACCAAACACUUUCUUGGCCAUCUUUGAGCUCAUUAAAGCCAUACACUCUGCCCAAAAGAAGUUGGUGCUUCAAUCACCAGAAAUUCAAAUAUACUUAAAUGACUUGCCUGGCAAUGACUUCAACGCCAUAUUUAGAUCAUUGCCUCAUAAGUUAGAAGAAUUCAAGAAGGAGAUGGGAGAAGGGUCUGGGUCAUAUUUCUUUAAUGGAGUUCCUGGAUCGUUUUAUGGGAGGUUGUUUCCUACUAAUUCUCUUCAUUUCGUUCAUUCCUCUUAUAGUCUCAUGUGGCUAUCUCAGGUACUAUCCCUCUUAUAUAAUCAUUUUUUUAAUCGUUCCUAUAAUCUUUUCAUGUGCUCUCCAAAAUACAACAACAAACAACAAUAAAGCCUUAUCCCACUAGGUGGGGUCGGCUACACAUAUUAAACAACACCAUUGCACCCUAUCAUGCAUCAUAUCUGCUAUGAGAUCUUUGCAAAAUACAACAUACUUGAAAAAUGACAGUAAAAUAACAUGGUGUACAUUCUAUAGAUAAUCCUUUAUAACAUGGGUUUUCAAAUAUAAUCUUCGAUUAUGAGAUAUUAUGUUUGUGGUUUUCUGUUUUCAAAAAAACUUUUGUGGUUUUCUAACUUGAGAAAAAUUUCAUGAUCAGUCAUUUGAAACCAAGUACUGUUUUCUACAUAUGAUCCACAUAUCGAAUAAUUCUCAAGUAUAGAGGACCACGAACAGAAGAACUUCAUGAAAUUAGUAGAAUUUCAUAAAUUAUAACAGUACUACUUCAUCGGCCUUAAAUAUAUGUUCAUUAUGAUUUUCUAAAUAUUUUACGAAUGAAAUGAAUGUGUACAUAGUAUUUGUCAAUAUUCAUUCACCUUUUAACAUGUGUAGAAAGUCAUAAUGAACAAUUAACUAAAAACAGAUCAAGUGAUGUACUCUUUGAAUGAUUUCCUAUGAUUCUUAACAAUUUAUUUACCUAAUAUAGAGCUAAUAACGCAUAUCUUGGUAAUUAAAACUCCUACUCAUAUUUCUUAAUAAACUUGCAUUUUAAAAGUAAUUUAGAGAUUAUAUAUCAUACUUUGUUUAAUUUCUUUCCUUUUAACAUUAUGUUCUUCCACUAAAAAAAAAAAGAAAAACAAUAUGUUCUUAGUAAUUAAAGAGCUAACAACUCAUAUUUGGAUCCUAUCUUGAUAUAUACCACGUUGCUAAUACUAAUAGGUACCAAAAGGAGCAGAAGAAAAUAAAAGGAACAUUUACUUGGCCGCAAGCAGUCCACUUUGUGUGGUUAAAGCAUACUAUGAACAAUUUGAAAGAGAUUUUGAGACAUUUUUAAAGUGUAGGGCCAAGGAGUUAGUGAGUGGUGGGAGUAUGGUUUUAACGAUUUUAGGCAGGAAAAGUGAAGACCCAUGCAGUAUGGAAGCUUGUCAUGUGUUUGAACUCCUAGCCAUGGCCCUCGGUGACCUAGUUGACCAGGGAUUUAUAGAAGAAGAAAAAUUAUUCUCAUUCAGCAUUCCUAAUUACAUGCCAUCUCCAACUGAAGUGAAGUACAUAGUUAAAAAAGAGGGGUCCUUCUCUAUAAACUCUUUGGAAGUUACAAAUGUUCAUUGGGAUCCUUCUCAAUUUGUGGAAGAAAAUGGAUGCAAAGAAGAAGGAUACAAUGUUGCCAAGUGUAUGAGAGCGGUGUCAGAGCCAUUGCUACGUACUCAUUUUGGAGAGGAUAUUAUUGAGAAAGUCUUUGAUAAGUACCACAAAAACAUUGUGGAUUCUAUGUCUAAAGGAUAUAUACGUUAUUUCAAUGUAACCAUCUCUGUCACAAAAAAAAAUUGUAAUCCAUAAGAAGAGAUUCAUGUAAUCUACAUGACCAAAAAACCAUGUCUUGUGUAUAUUUUAGUUUGUAUGAAACUAGUGCUCAAAGCAUGUUUUCAUAUGUGCUACAUAAAUAGGAGUUUGAUUC